AUGGGAGCUUCCCUUGCGUGGCUGCUGAGGCAGGGCCGGUUUGGCCGGCUCCCUCCAGCAGUGCAGGACGCUGAGAUCGCGUGCCUGGCACACCAGCCCCGGCAGGGAAACGCUGCAGAGCGGCUCGUUUGUCCCUGUGCUGCUCCUCAAGGAGAUGGGCAGGAGCUCAAGCCACCACGGCUUAUUCUGCUCGCCGCCUCCGCGUCACUUGGUUCUUGCUUCUCAAAGUCAGAUGCUGUUGGGAACCUACAAGUGGAGGAGCGGCUGCAAGAGGAACCAUUUUGGCUCCGGAGGGCAGGCACACCAUCGUGCCAAACGCUGACGGGGCUUCUGCAAAGCUUCCAGGGUGGCCACGAUCACCUGACAGGUGAACUCAGCCCUGCCGAGAUGUUUGCAGUAUGGAUUACUACUCUUUUUCUUCUUGAUGCAGCCAGAGGAAGACAAGUUUGCUACAAAAGGCUUGGAUGCUUUACGGAUGAUCCUCCUUGGUCUGGGAUUCCAGAAAGACGGCUGGCAGGCUUGCCUAGCCCUCCCGAGGCUGUGAAUACCAAUUUCCUCCUUUUCACAAGAGACAACAUCAUGAGAUACCAAAAAAUUUCUGCUACAGAUCCUUCAACUAUUAAAACUUCAAAUUUUCAAGCACACAGGAAAACUCGUUUCGUUAUCCAUGGCCAUCUGGCUGGAGCAGACCUCUCCUGGAUAACAGAAAUGUGCAGGUCCAUGUUUCACGUUGAAGAUGUGAACUGCAUCUUGACUGACUGGAGAGGCGGCUCUAGCGGCUUGUACACCGAAGCAGUUAACAACGUCCGCGUGGUGGGGGCUGAGCUCACAUACUUGGUGAACCUUCUUGAGAAGGAAUAUGGCUACUCUCCUGCCAAGAUUCAUUUGAUUGGCCAUAGUCUCGGAGCACAUGCUGCAGGGGAGGCCGGGAGAAGGAAACCUGGCAUUGGACGAAUAACAGGUUUGGAUCCAGCUGGGCCUCUUUUCCAGAAUACACCAGACAUGGUUAGGCUGGACCCUUCAGAUGCGAAUUUCGUUGAUAUAAUUCACACUCAUGCUGGUCAUCUGUUCUUUGACUUUGCUCCAGGGAUUCUUCAGAAUUGUGGACACCUGGAUUUUUAUCCAAAUGGUGGGAGGAAAAUGCCUGGAUGCGAGGAACUUCGUGCACCUCCUGCAACUCGAAGUGUCAAUGAUGUUAUGAGAGAAUAUAAGUCUAUUGGAUGUGGACAUAAAAGAAGCCUCCAGUAUUACGCUGAAAGCAUUAUCACUCCAGAUGGAUUUGUUGGCUAUCAGUGUGAAACCUAUCAAGAUUUUGCAUCAGGAGACUGCUUCCCAUGUCCCAGAGAAGGAUGCCCACUGAUGGGUCAUUAUGCUGAUCAGUUUUCAUCCAAAACUGGGAAAGAACAGCAAAAGGUUUUUUUAAAUACAGGGCCCCUCCCUCCUUAUGCUCGCUGGAGAAAAGAGAUACAUGUCAGAGUAUCUGCAACAAAAGCCCUGAAAGGAAAGAUAGAUGUGGCCUUGACUGGAAAUAAUGGGAUCAAGAGAAAAUACACAGUCGUCGAGGGAACUUUCGAACCAGGCAGCACGUAUCUGAACUACAUUGAUACAGAAAUUUCGGGGAACACUUCACAAGUCGAGUUCCUCUGGGAAAAGCAGCCAGGUCAUUUACAUGGAGGCUGUAUGGGAGCUGAACAAGUCACAGUAGUAUCUGGGGAAGAUGGAAAUGUGUCUACAUUUUGUGGCCGUGGAACUGUGCGGUCAGGCCGAAGGCAAACGCUGACGCCCUGCUAA